AUGGAUAUUACAGGGCUCAACGAGUCCGAUAGUCCGUCGGAUAUCGAUGAGCAGACCAAAGUGUGGGAGUCAGAUCCUCGGACCGUGAGAGCACAUCUUGCCAAAACUGAUGGGUCCAACGACCCCUCUUCAACAAUCGAGUGCGGCAUCGGCCACCGGGUGCAAGCCAGUCGGUCUGUUCUCGCAUUGGUGGUAGACGAGGACUGCGUGUUUGCGGGCCUUCAAGGCGGAGACAUAGUAGCGUGGUCUCUUGAGAAUUACGAUCUGGUCCUCUCUGUUCGUGCGCACCAGGAAAGCGUGCUGGAUUUGUAUCUUUCGGAAGGUGGAGAUCUCCUCUUCUCCAGUGGCGGUGAUUCUGUCGUCAAUGUUUGGUCUACGCGGACAUUUGAACGGCUCUACUCCAUUCAUUCCCAUCAUGAUGUUGGUGAUCUCUUCGCUGUGGCGUACUCGCCCAGCUUAAAAACCGUCUACUGCGGUGCCCAAAACACUAGCAUCCAGUGGUGUAACCUCACUCAGACGGGUGCAGCAUCUACUCAGCAAUCUGCAGCUCAUAUAUCGCGGCGGACACAUCGUUUCUUUGAUUCAAAAGGCCCGGAUGGCACCCGCGCUCCGCGUGCCGACGGUCAAUCUGUCGCUGAUGGUGGCCAGUUGCUUACCUUUAAGCGUGAUCAUCACAAUCUGUUCGCACACCAUGGAUACGUUUACACGAUGACACUCGUUCGAGGACUGCUCGAGUCUUCGCCUAACGAUGAAGUCCUCCUGACUGGAGCCGGCGACGGGGUUGUGAAGCUCUGGCGCCUGGAGCAAGGAAAGGCUGAUACCGCCCCUACGCUAAUGGCAAAACUGCAAAACACAGACCCCGUUCUUUCUGUGGCGGUCGAUGGGUCAUUUCUCUACUGCGGUCUGUCUGGUGGCGCCUUGAAUAUUUGGAAUUUGGAUUCACAUCAACUUGUGAAACGAAUUGCUGCGCAUACCGGCGAUCUGUGGGCGGUAGAUAUUAUCCACGGCAUGGCUAUAUGUGGUGAUUCAAAUGGAGUUGUAAAGAAAUUCAACUCGCGGUUUGAGGAGGCAGGUAGCUGGGCAGCCCAUGAGGGCACUAUGCUAGCUUCUGCCGCUGGUAAAUUCAAGGAGCGGAACAUUUACGCUACGGGAGGUAAUGACAAUACCGUUGGGAUAUGGGAUCUGACCGACGUUUCCCGUGCCGUGAGCGAGAAGCCACCUAUCGAUAAUGAUGAGAUGGUGAGCUGCCUAUCAAAACUGGUAGCCUUUAAGACAAUCUCGUCUAGUCCAAAGUUUGCUGGUGAAUGCAACCAGGGUGCAGCUUUCUUGCGCCGGCAUUGUAUCUAUCUAGGAGCCAAGACUAAGCUUCUGACCACCGGUGAGGAUACAAAUCCUAUUGUCCUCGCCCGCUUCAGUGCGACAUCACCUGAGAAGGCCGAUAAAACUAUCCUUUUCUAUGGACAUUACGACGUAGUGGGCGCGGAUGCCAACUUCCAAAAAUGGAAAACCGAUCCAUACCAGCUAACUUCCAUGGACGGGUUCUUGUACGGCCGUGGUGUUUCAGACAACAAGGGUCCUAUCCUGGCCGCUUUAUACGCAGCAGCAGAUCUCGCGCGGCAGAAGGCCCUUCGAUGCAACGUUGUGUUUCUCAUUGAGGGAGAGGAAGAGUCUGGGUCCCAGGGCUUCCACGAGACCGUUCGCAAGCACAAGCAACAGAUCGGAUCUGUGGAUUGGAUCUUGAUAGCGAACAGUUAUUGGUUGGAUGACUACAACCCUUGUCUCACUUACGGGCAGCGUGGAGUUGUCCACGCCAACCUGGUUGUUACUAGCGACCAUCCGGACUUACACAGUGGUAUCGACGGUAGUUCGCUACUAGAUGAACCGCUGAAAGACCUGACUAUUCUCCUUGGGACCCUCUUAGGACCCAAGGGCAAAAUCAAUCUCCCCGGAUUCCAAGACCCCGUCCUACCACUGACCGACGUAGAAAGGGAGCGAUACGGCGCCAUCGCGGAUAUUCUCCUCAAACGCCACCCACAAAUCAAAGAUGCAGAUGCUCUAAUCGACUCUCUCAUGCACCGGUGGCGCGAACCAUCUCUCACAAUCCACUCCGUCGAGGUCCCCGGAAACAGCAAGAGCGCAACCACGACAAUCUCGCGCAAAGCAAAGGCCAGUCUUUCAAUCCGAAUCGUACCAAACCAAGUCGCCGACGACAUUGCAGCAGCAUUGACCUUCUACGCACAAGAACAAUUCGACCGCUUGGAAUCCCAAAACGAACUUACCGUUGAAAUCACGGGCACAUCAGAUCCCUGGCUCGGAGAUCCAGAUAGUGAGAUCUUCUCGACUCUAUCCGACGCCAUCACAACAGCUUGGACCCCGGACCAGCAAAACCUCAAACAUCAGUACUACCCGCUUCCCCGACGUACUGCUGAGGAGGCUAGCGCAACCAGUCCCAGAGACACUGGCAAAGAGACCCUAACUAGCGUCCUCCGCCGCCAGGACUCAGAAGACAGUCUAGCCUCCCACAUCGACCGAAUCAUCAUGUCCACGACGACAUCCAAAACAACAACUCGCAACCGCACGACGCCGAGCACAACGGUACCAACCUCAUCCACUUUAACUGGACAAUCAGGAAAACACACCACAGUAUCCGAUUCAGCAGCCUCCUCUCCACCGCCAGAAAUUAGAAUACCUUCCGCCCCGUCACCUACAGAAACAGGAACAGCCACUCCGGAUAUAAUCCCUGGAGCCGGAUCUGGGUCCAAUGGACGUGAAAAGGUCGGUGUCCGACCCAUUUACAUCCGCGAGGGCGGCUCGAUCCCAACAAUCCGGUUCCUGGAGAAGGAAUUCUCAGCCCCCGCGGCGAAUCUGCCCUGUGGACAGGCGAGCGACAACGCGCAUUUGUAUAAUGAGCGGCUGCGCGUUGAGAAUUUGUAUAAAAGUCGGGAAAUUUUCAGUUAUGUGUUUGCGAGGUUGCCGGAGAAGGCGUGA